AUGGCCUCCCGCCCGACCGUCAACGUGCGCUCCUCGUCCGGAGAGGCUUCGACCUCGCUCCCCCUCCCUGCGGUGCUUACCGCGCCCAUCCGUCUUGAUGUCGUGCAGCAGGUCCACAAGAGCAUCGCGAAGAACAAGAGGCAGGCGUACUCCGUGAGUGAGAAGGCUGGCCACCAGACCUCUGCCGAGUCCUGGGGUACUGGUCGUGCCGUCGCUCGUAUUCCUCGUGUUGGUGGCUCGGGUACCCACCGUUCGGGCCAAGCCGCGUUCGGCAAUAUGUGCCGUGGUGGUCGCAUGUUCGCGCCCACGAAGACCUGGCGCAAGUGGCACGUCAAGGUGAACCAGAACCAACGUCGCUUUGCCGUCGUCUCUGCGCUCGCUGCGUCUGCGCUUCCGUCGCUCGUGCUUGCCCGCGGCCACCGUAUUGAGGAGAUCGAGGAGGUCCCCCUCGUCGUCGCCGAUGCGGCGGAGGGUUUCACCAAGACCAAGGAGGCCGUUGCGCUUCUCAAGUCCCUCAAGGCGUACUCAGACGUUGUCAAGGUCUCCAACUCGCGCAAGCUCCGUGCCGGCAAGGGCAAAAUGCGGAACCGGCGUCACCGCCAGCGCCGUGGUCCCCUCGUUGUUUACAACGAGGACAACGGUAUCGUCAAGGCGUUCCGCAACCUCCCCGGUGUCGAGGUCGUCAACGUUCGCCGGCUCAACCUUCUCCAGCUCGCUCCUGGUGGUCACCUCGGUCGUUUCGUUAUUUGGACUGAGGGUGCUUUCGGCCUCCUGGACGAGGUCUUCGGCACCUUCGACAAGGCGUCCACCUACAAGAAGGACUACGUCCUUCCCUCGGCGAAGAUCACCAACCCUGAUGUUACUCGCCUCAUCAACAGCACUGAGAUUCAGGCUGUCGUCCGCCCCGCGAACGAGAAGAUCCAAAAGCGCCCUUGGACGCAGCACAAGAACCCUCUCGUUAACAAGGGUGUUCUCUUCCGCCUGAACCCCUACGCCAAGACCCUCCGCCGCCAGGAACUCCUCAAGCAGGAGCGCGUCAAGGCGCUGAAGGCCAAGAAGAAGGCCAAGACCCCGAAGACGGCUGGCGAGGCCUUCCUCAAAACCUUCUUCGCGCCCUAA